GCGGAGGGUGCUGCGCGCAGAGGCAGGGCUGCUCCAGCGUCUUGAGAUCCUCCCUCUUUUUUGUCUUGCUCUAAUUGGCUGAUCCGCCGCGGCAGCUCGCAUACUUUCGGACUGACGCCUCCAAACCCCUCCGGAAAAUAAGCCGGAACUGCAUGGACGUCGCUCUGUUCGCUCCAGCUCCGCGGCGCUCAUGCGCUUCCCGGGAUUUGAUGGAUUUUACGGGUGAUUUUAGCGGCUGACUUCUCAAGUCUGACUCUGCUUUGAUGUUCAACGAGCGGGCAGCCCCUCCUCGGUGAGUGCCGUAGCUGCGUAGACUGUUUGUAAACACGGUGAAGAAGGACGUGUAGGCGUCUUCUACACGGUUUUCCUUUUACGGCUGCAGUGUAGCAGAACUGGUUUCAUCCGAGUGACGCGGCGCUCUUGGCGGACUUCUGAGAGUGCGAGAGCACGUGAGGACGAACGGGUGAAGGGAGAGGGAGGGGGCUUCUCUGAAAGAGGAGGGCACCAUUUAAUGAGAGUUAAAACCGCGUACGUGUUACAGUUCAACCUGUGCGUGAUCAUUCACGAGCGUGCUUUAUAGCCUUGCGCGGUUUCGGGUGUAUAGGAGGGGAAACCGCGGCUGCGCGUGAAGUCUGAGGGACUCUGGUCCAGCAGCGCUGCCCUUUGUUUUCACCGACCGAUUCCUGCACAGAUGUUGACGGAAGUUUGCAAAACGACUCGACCCUCAAAAUGGAUCCAUCGGGUUGUGCUGGUGGCUUUUUGAACUGGAGGCGUCAUGUGCACGAGGUCGUCUGCACCCAGUCGGGGCUUUGAACAGGCAGCAGGUCUCAUCUGGCAUGAAAAAAAAUCAUCUCAAAGACAAAAUAUGAUGAACAGCAAGCGGGUGCAGAGUUUCAUGGAACCACUAGCUCAAGGCAAGAUGGCAAGACUAGAGAGUACCAUGGGGACCAUGGUCCCUCCAGGGCUUUCCAAAGCAGACAAUGUGCCACAGUACCCCCAAGACAAAUCCUUACCCUAUAGACAGAGCUACAUAUCUUGCUCUCUCAGUGGACAAGAGGCUUUAGAUCUUCCUUCAGCAUGGAGCCCCUCUAGGACUUGUGUGAGAAAUGGAGGGAGCCCAGUGGUUCAUUCUUCAGCCACAGUGGGCUCAAUUACGAAUCCAAUCUUUUACAGACCUGAAAAUGUGCCUUUCCCUGUGGACAGUGGCUCCCCUGCUGCAGCUGAAGAGUUAGCAGCAAAGCACAAGCUUGCCUACUAUAACAGAAGCAAGCACAGCCCCAGUACUACAGGUGUAGUCUCUCCUGUUGCUGUUAGGAAACUUCCUGUAGGGUGCACAAGCCUGUCCCCCUCAACAGCAGAAAACUCAGUUGGGCUUGCUAUUCCAAAACCAGUGUAUGGACAUAGCCCCUGCUGCACUGACCGAAAGUGCACAGUACGCCAGAUCUAUGCUGUGGAACGAGGGUUGCAAAGGGUGCCCACUCAAAUGUUGGAGGAUGACUGGGCUGCACAUUACAGUCACUGGGCAUAUCUGCACAAAAAGGAGCAGGAAGCACUGAUGCAGCAGAGGAUAUUGCCAUUUGAGCACUGUGGAGAGAGGGUACCAUUGAAAGAUGUAACCACACAGGGGUACCAUGGUCACAGCCCAAGCAGACUGAGGAGGGUAUCUGCAUUUACUGAGCCAAGCCAUAGUAGCUACGCCUAUAGCCCAGUUCAUUCAUUUGUCCCUGGUUCACCAGAGCACUGCCAUCGUUUCCAGAUGCGCCCACAAAUGCAUAAAGACCUGCCUCCUAUGUAUGAACCACUGACUAGAAUGCAUUAUGGAACACCUACACAUGGUUAUCCAGAUCGUCCUCAUGUAUCCAAAUAUCAAGAAAUACCUCAGCAUUCUUUGCUUUACUGCCCACAGAAUAAUGAAGAGGUUUACAGGCUGGAGAAUCCUCGUCAUAUGGUUGAAAAGCAAUGCCAUGUUCCUCAGCCUUAUUACAGUGAUUUGCCAAAUCCUUACUCUAUGGUCCCAAGCCACUCUGCUACCAGGACUUUACCUGCUUAUUCUGGUUAUAGAAUGCACUUAAAUAACAGCCAAGUGAACCCAUUCACAGAGAGGCCAUGUCCCCCUCCCGUCAUGCACCAGGCAGAUCGACCUCUGGACUUCUCCAUGCGGAGAGAGCAGAAUGUGGACUCCCACCUAGAGCCUCAUGGACAGGUUGGGACUUCAGGGACUUUCCACCAAGCACAGGUUUCAAAUCAUGUAGGCGCUAAAAAUUGCAACGUAUCCUCACCAGAUCAGAGCCGAGACGGCUUUCCGGUUAGCAGCAGCCAUAACUACAUGGCCUCUCCUCAGAGCACUGGUGGUAUAUCUGAUGAAAAGCAGGGUUUACGUAUUUCAGACAAUCAAGCAAACAGUACCUUAAUAUCUAAAAGGCACAGAGAGGAAAGUGAUAAUAUUUGUGAAAAUGGUCCUUCGGAAAAAGCUAAAAAGAACCAGCAGAAUUUUAAUGAGGCUCAUUCGCCUUCUUCCCCUCCAAUGCCAGUCAUAAACAAAGUCUUUAGCCUGGCCCCUUACAAAGUCUAUUUAGAAGCUACAGGCAUGUUCUCCCCAGAACAUCCUGAUAGUUCUAAGCUUCAAGCUGGCUCAAAACCACUGAAAGAAGAGCCAGAACUGCAAAGCACAGACCCAAAAACUGCUUCAGGUCAAGAUGACCCUAAGUUAAAAGCAGUCAAAAUACCACCAGCUGGCAGUCAUGACUCAGAAGAACUUCAAAUAGUAAAGGUCAAAAAAGAGGAAGCAGAACCAUCUUUUCAGUCAAAAAUUAAUGAUGGCCCCAGUCCUGCAGUUAACCAUAACUGCAAUGAUGGAGUCAAAGAAGAGCCAGAAGAUUUAAAACCAGCAGUGUGCGAUAUUGAACACAACCCUGUUAUUGUGAAGAGUGACUCUGAACCAGAAUGUAAGCCAGUCAAGCCAGAAAUGGCAGAAUCCUGCCUUGAAUUGAAGGUUGAGCCCAGCCUGAUGGAUAAAGUGGAAACUGUACAGACUCAAAACACCGUCACAAAACCUUGUGAACUUCCAGCCAAUCUGUCUCCUAAAAUUCCAGCUUCACUUAAGACAUCCCAGACGUUUUCCAUCAGUAAUAUCUCUCCUCAUUGCCUUAAACUGUCUAGCUAUAGUAUCAUUGCGCCUGAAGUUCUGAAAGCUCCUGUGACUCCAGGCCCUGAGGUUCUUCAGUCCCCUGCUGAAACAAGACCGGCUGUAAGCAGCAGCAGACAGGCCCGACAUCAGUUCAUGGAGCUUCACCAGUCACUCUGCAGGCUCGUAUCAACCUCUGUUUCUCAAACCUCACAUUGGGACGUCAGGGAAUGGUUAUCCAGUUUGAACCUUGUUUGUCCUCCAGCCAAAACCCAGAAGGUGUCAUGCCUCCUGGGUUCCAAGGCCAGAGAGGUUUGGCUGAGAGGUGAGGAGACAGUGACGGCACUCCAGAAGGUCCUUGACCAGUUUGAGAAUUAUGUCAGAAGACGCGAGUGCCCCUUUCCUCAUGUCAUCAGAGCAGGGGCAGUGUUCAUCCCCAUGCUGGUGGUGAAAGAGGUCCUGUUUCCUCAGGUCCAUGGCGCGUUCAUAGACCAGGUGCUGCAGGAGCAUAAAGUUGAGCUGCGGCCUACCACGCUUUCCGAGGAGAGACACUUGACUCAACUCCACAGACGGGCCUUUUCGUCUAAACUCCGUAGGCUCCUGUCCCUCAAACACCUGCCAGAUAUUUAUCCAGAUGUCCUUAACCUGCUCUACUAUGACAGUGCCUGCACGUUCAUUGAUUCCACUCCCACAGAUGAUGCCCAAAAAAUUGCUCAGGAGUAGAGCUCAGCUCCGCCUUUAAGACAGAAUGUACAGAAUGCUCUGAUGAAGCCGAAGGUUUUGUUAAUGAGCUGGACGUACACUGCCCAUCCCCAAGGCCACAAACGCCGGAUACCAUCACACACCUGGAGAAC